AUGGAGACCCCACCAGACCACCAGUCUGAGCAACCAACUCCCGCUUCCACGUUGUCUCUACUCUUCACGCUACCCCUCGAGCUACGUUUGGAAAUUUUUGGCUUCUGCGUGCCCCGGAAAUGCGCCAUCAGAGUGACAAGCGCAAUGUAUCGGCCCUAUGGUGUUGAACCUGUGGUUUCUACGCGCGACACGUCCAUCGAAGACGACAAGUUCCUCAACACCAGUCCUCACUGGACUGGCAUUUUACAUGUUUCCAAACAAAUGAGCGCCGAAUGCUUGGACAUACUUUAUGGCGACAACUUGUUCGAAGUCUACCUGCACGGAAAAUGCGAAGAUACAAUCAAGAGAGUAUUCAGCCAUGAGAAUAUCCAGCGAAUCCAAUUCAUCCUCGCCGUCGCCCCUGGCCCAUCUUUUAGCGGGGAACUUAACCCACCCGACGUUCCUUUCUGGGCCAUGAUGAUCCCGAACCUGAAGUUGUUUGAAUGGGUGACCCAGCCAGACAAGGAAGUGGAGCAGCAAACGAGCGAUCUCGUGAUGAUGCAAGGAUUAGGGGACUGGAUGGAGUGGACGGACGCCUACUUGAACUGCUUCAGUGAGUUCCUGGCUGACGGAAUCGAGUUCAGAAUGAAACUUGACAAGGGAGAGGAUGAAUACAGGCAGAUUGGAAGGCUUUAUUUCAAGCGAGGGCCUUUCUUCAAGAAGGAUGAACAGCAGGAAGAAGUUGGUUAG